AGUCGUGGAAAGGUGUUAUACAGAAUACAAAUAGGCGAAGAUACAGGAAACACGACAUAGAGUAAAGUAGCAUUUCCAUUAUAAGCGGACAACGAGACCCUUAAUGCAAACAAGGCCGAUUUCUUCCCAACAUUUCUUUCAACAUCGGGUCAAUGCCAUUCAAACAAGCCAACCAACUUGCUGUCGACGGUGUUAUCGCACCGCCCAUCGUUUUCGUUCGACCAAUCCCAAUCGACGGAGACAAACUGCUUUUCGUUGUGUCUGGAUACAGAACGUCAUCCCUUCUUGUUAUUGUGCAUCCAGCACGGGUUUAAACCUUAUUUGUGAGUGGAAACUGCUGACCAACCGUCAAAAAAUACUGGAAUUACGAUGAGAAAGAGGUGAAAUGAACUUUAGGACACCGAAAAUGUCGGUAGGUGACGUGAUUGUGUUGUGUGUCGCCAUUACGGCUAUCCAACAUGGAGAUUUUCGCGUCGUGGCUCAAGUAUCUAGCUCCAGAGUGUCUGAUCGCGAAAGCGUUAUACCUCAUCACGGCAGAUGCGAGCCUAUAACCAUCCCUUUGUGUAAAGAUAUACAAUAUAAUGAGACUAUUAUGCCGAAUUUGUUAAAUCAUCAGAAACAAGAAGAUGCCGGUUUAGAAGUCCAUCAGUUCUUUCCUCUGGUCAAGGUACAGUGUAGUGCAGAUUUACAAUUUUUCUUAUGUUCCAUGUACGCACCCGUUUGUACCAUUAUAGAGAGAGCUAUACCACCUUGUCGCUCCCUAUGCCAAUCGGCUCGCAACGGUUGCGAAGGGUUGAUGAACAAGUUCGGGUUUCGAUGGCCCGAAAGUUUAGACUGCGCUAAAUUCCCCGAAGCCGGUGGUGAAGAACUGUGCGUAGGAGAAAACAAUACAGAACGAUCCCAACAAGCAGGAACGAAGAAACCUCCCACCGGUCAUCAACCUCCGACUCGCAACGAAACUUUGAAAGGUAGGGAUUUCAUUUGCCCUAUUGAGUUUAAAGUGCCUCCGGGCGAAGGUUAUGUAUUUCGAAUAGGAAACAAGGAGAUAAAAAACUGUGGUACACCCUGUGAUGGUAUGUUCUUCAACGAACAAGAGAGAAAGUUCGCAAGGACCUGGAUCGGAACCUGGGCUAUUUUGUGUAUGGCAUCGACUUUAUUUACCGUUCUGACCUUUAUGCUUGAUAUACAACGAUUCAGAUAUCCCGAACGCCCUAUCAUCUUUCUAUCAAUUUGUUACUUUAUGGUUGCUCUGACUUACGUCACGGGUUUUGCAUUAGGUGACAAUGUGGUUUGUAAUAAACCAUUUAAACCACCAGAUGGCCAGACUGGGGUGACUAUGAUACGCACAGUUACUCAAGGCAACCAGAAAGAAAGUUGCACCAUACUUUUUAUGAUGCUGUAUUUUUUUAGUAUGGCUAGUUCUAUCUGGUGGGUCAUUUUAACUCUUACAUGGUUACUCUCGGCUGGUCUGAAAUGGGGCCACGAAGCAAUAGAAAAUAAUUCGCAAUACUUUCAUUUGGCUGCUUGGACUGUACCUGCAAUUAAGACCAUUACCAUAUUAGCUAUGGGAAAAGUCGAAGGUGAUGUGUUAAGUGGAGUGUGCAAUGUAGGUAUCUGGAAUGUAGAUGCUUUAAGAGGAUUUGUAUUAGCACCUCUCUCUGUUUAUCUCGGAUUGGGAACCGUGUUUCUAUUAGCUGGAUUCGUUUCACUCUGUCACAUAAGGACAGUUAUGAAGCACGACGGAACAAAAACAGAUAAAUUAGAAAAAUUAAUGAUAAGAAUUGGCGUUUUCUCAGUACUUUAUACCGUACCGGCCAUUAUAGUACUUGCUUGCUACUUUUACGAACAGACAUAUUUUGAGUCAUGGAUGCUAUCGUGGCAGCGAGAUAAAUGUUCGCAUCCUCAUUACAGCAUCCCAUGCCCUAUAGGUAAUGAAAAAUACCUGUCGAAACCAGAAUUUGCAGUCUUCAUGAUCAAAUAUCUCAUGACUCUAGUUGUUGGGAUAACGUCUGGGUUUUGGGUAUGGUCAGGAAAAACUGCACACUUGUACGUUCGACUGUUCCGUCGAAUCUGUGGAGGAGAAGCUUAUGUAUGACCCUAAAUCCUCCCACAAAACUACUACCAAACUGUUAAAUGGCUGGCUGCUAUUUUUCUACGACUUGUCAGAAGGAAGUCUCCCUUCCUGGUAAUUUAGUACUAGGAUUCAAGUCAGGCUUUCAGUGAAUAGAAAAGACCCCCUCCCGUGUCGCUUUUUUCCUCCCUGGAAUAGUGACUCACACAUACCACAGCCUCGCCUCGCUUCAAGUUGGAAACAAAAUUCAAGGCGCACGACCUAUACAACACCAGUGCCAAUAAAGAUCAGUGUACAGUGGACAGAUGUAUGUGGUUUAUAUAUAUAAAUAUAUAUAUAAUUGUUUGUUUGACAUUCCCUCAUUUCUACCGUCCCGAUUAAUGUUUCAUGUACAUAAUCAUUCACAUAUAUAUAUUAAUUUUUAUUUUACUUGUCGGUAUAUUUCUUGUUUUUAUCAUCAUUGUAAAAUUUAGUGAAUUAUACAAUCAAUGUACAAACUGAUGUGGUUUUUCUCGCUUUAUUUAAACUUCCAGAACAGAUCUACUACUCCAGCCUCACAUGAAAUGGCUUCAUUCUCAAAGUUUUUCUCUCGUUCCCGCUUAUGUAAACAUUCGCCAACUGUUACAAGUCACUUUGCAUGAUCUCUCUCAGGUAUUUUACAAGGUUCCACACCCAAUUGCCCCGGAGAAACUCCCAUUGUCUAAGUUGGUAUGCAAGACUUGUUCGUAUGAUUGAUUGUUACGUCUCUACCUGUUGCGUGGAUAAAGCCCUGUCGAACUCAGGUAAAUGUGCCAUCUGUUCUUACGUUAACAGGAUAUUUUUCGUCCUCAAUCACCCCACUGAGAAUUAAUAUAGUAUGUUGGACAGAGAUAAAAAUCUGAAGAAAAGAAAAUUAUUUUUAAUUUAUUGCAUUUUUCUAAAUCGCAAUAAGCCUAUUUCUUCUACAUGCAAAUUCGAUUUUUAACCCGUGAAAAAUUAAUUUUCAAAAAUCAACUUUUGCCUGCUCGUCUAGAAGAUAGAAGGAUUAUUGGCGCGGUUAGACUAGGCACCUGGUCAGACUGGUCCAUUUUCGAAUUUGGGGGAUGGACGGACUUACCUUGGAAGAAGCACUUGAUAAAUUCACAAGUAAGUUUCCAGAUGCUGUUUUGUAUGUUUUCGACUGCGCGUGAUCGUGUGUUUAAAUUAAACUUGGCACGAGUUUAGGGGAGAUGAGGGGGUUCGACAUCGAAGAUACUAAACAAAUCAUUAAGAAUACCAUCAGCAAUUGUGCAUGUUUUCUUUUAAAAAAAAUUCUGCAAAUCUCUAUUAUCCAAAAUCGUUUGAUUACAUUUUAAUGGGCUACUAAACGAGCGAGGGAACAGGAGGUUCCGUAACUAUCUCUUUAUCGAAUUUCACUAAAAUGACUUUAAGAAAAGCAAUAAAAUCGUUUCCCCUCUCUCCCCAUUCAAUGAAAAUGAGGAUUUUUACCUCAUAAAACACUGUAAAUCCACAAAUAAGUGGGUAACGUCGUUAACCUUUGUCUACCUUCUUUUUUUUUCUAAAAAUCUACUAUCCUUUUAAAACAUGACAUCUUUUACUCUGUAUGUAACUGAUUAAUUAUCAGUGUGAUUACAAGAAUAAACAUUAUCUUGAAUUGAAAAAUUCUCUCGUGUCUUGCAAAGUCUUUAAUCCUCGUUUGAUGAACUAAGCUUUCUUUAUGCUCCAAAACAUCGUCUUUCGUUAAUGCCUGGCAAUGUAACCAUAGCAACGAUAGGGCGUCACCCCAUCAUCAAAAGCGUCACCCCGUACGUGUAUCUCGUCAAGAUGGCGGAUA